GCAAGUUCAGGAAGACAAUGAGAGCCCGGCUAAGCAUUCGCAUUGUCGCCCUAUGCCUCGUGCUGUGGCAGCUGCAGGCCGCCACAGUCAUGGGCCAGAAGUACUACAUGAACUUUGCAUUUAACAACAACAAUCCGGACGGCACCAGUGCCGACAAUGGCGGUGAUAAAGCCCCAGGUCUGCCUGGCGGGGAAGUGCCCGAUGCGGGCAGCAAUGGUGAGAGUGGUGCCAACGGCAGCGGUGGCGACGCCAAUGCCAGCAGCAAAGACAGUAGCGACAAUGACGAGAAAAGUGGCAGCGGUGGCGGUGGCGGCAGCGGCAGCGGCGGCGGGGAUAAGAGUAAGGAGGAUGGAUCUGGCGAAAACAGUGGGGACACCGAAAAGGCCGAUGACAAUCCGGGCAGGGACGACGAUGAUGAUGACAGUGAUAGCCACGAUCCUAGCAGCCGUCGCGAGAAAAUACGCCAGGCAGAGGAGGAGGGCGAGAAGGGACCCGAUGGCGAUCACAGCCAUCACAGCAGCUACGAGAUCAGCAUUGACGACAGCUUCGGCGGCCGCUAUGUGCGCUCCAUAUACGAGAGCUCCGAGAGCCACGGCCACUCGGGCAGCGUGGCCGGCUCCGGGUCCGGCGGACGCGACAAGGUGAACGAGGACAGCUCAGCCGGUGAGGCACCCGGUGGGGCACCAAAUGCAGAGCAGAAAACGUUUGGCGCCAAUGAUUACGAGGAGUACAAUGGGGACGCUUAAUUCUGUGUAUUGAACAAUCGAAUGCAAAUGAAAUUUUCACAAUAAAUAAAGCAUAUAGUAUGUAUGUGAA